AUGACGGUCCCGCAGAAUGAAGACAUCUUCCCCUCGAAAAUGGGCCCCGAAUACGUGGGCUUCGAUCACAUCCAUUGGUUCGUCGGAAAUCCAAAACAAGCCGCUUCGUACUGGAUCACUCGCAUGGGCUUCCGGCCCAUCGCAUAUCGCGGCCCGGAGACAGGAUCCCCCUACAUUGUAAGCUACAUCGUAGCUAACGGCGACGCUACGUUUAUCCUCACCGGGCCUGUGUGUGGUCCACCGAAAGAUGGCGCGGAUUCAUUCAUCCGCCAGGCUUCGCACCACGAGCGGACUACGUUGGUGGAGAUCCACGAACAUCUGACCGUCCACGGCGACGGAGUGAAAGAUGUCGCGUUUCGGAUCGCCGGCGAUAUUGAAGCUGUGUGGAAGCGCGCUGUUGGGAACGGGGCUCGUUCUAUUGCUGAGCCGCGGACUGUCGCUGUCGAUGGGCACGGUCUGCUCAUAUCGGCGACUAUUGGGACGUAUGGUGAUACAGUACAUUCUCUGGUCAACCGCGAGGAGUAUUCAAAAGAUGCUCCCUUCUUGCCUGGAUACCGGAUUACCACAGACGAAGAUCCGAUCACACAGCUUCUACCGGCAGUCAACCUCCUUGAGAUUGACCACUGCGUUGGGAAUCAAUCGUGGGGAGGGGUGGAUAGUAUUGUGCAAUAUUAUGAAGAGUGUCUUGACUUCCAUCGCUACUGGACAGUCGAUGAUAAGGAUAUGUGCAGCGAGUACUCGGCGAUGCGGUCAAUUGUCAUUGCGUCGCCAAAUGAAACCAUCAAAAUGCCCAUGAAUGAGCCCGCAACCGGGAGGAAGAAGUCACAGAUCGAAGAAUUCGUCGAUUACUACCAUGGAGCCGGAGUCCAACACAUCGCCUUCCGUACCAACGACAUCAUCGCAGCUGUCUCGCAGCUCCGGGCCCGGGGCGUCCAAUUCCUCAACGUGCCAGCUGCGUACUACGCGGAUCUACGAAAGCGACUGUUGCAAGUCUCCUGGACGCUCGGCACUGAUGUAGACGUGCUCGAGCGACUGAAUAUCCUGGUCGAUUUCGACGAGCGUGGAUACUUGCUCCAGAUCUUUUCUAAACAUGUUGGAGAUCGCCCGACUGUGUUCACUGAGAUUAUUCAGCGGAAUUCGUUUGAUGGGUUUGGGGCAGGGAACUUCAAGAGUCUGUUCCAGGCGUUUGAAAGGGAGCAGGCACUGCGUGGGAAUUUGUGA